AUGCGAACCCCCGAAGCACGUAUGCGGGCAGGGACCCCAAGUCAACCUGGACCCCAACAUGCAUCCUCCGCAUCUGCCGAGUAUGGCGGCGAACCCUCCUUGCUGUCACACCCCAAUAAGGCAGCCGUGGGUUUAGACUCGGCUGCUGUCGCCGAGAAGCAGGCUCAGUUGGCCAACCUUGUUCUGCCCGUCGUUUCGCCUGAUCAUCCCCUCUUCCCACCGCUCCCUUUUUACGAAACGCCGACCCUCGCUCGGAAGAUUCGAUACUUCGCUAUCCAGGCCGUUUCCUUUACCCUCUCAUUGACCUUUCUGACGGUUAUCUUUACGAGCGCAUUGAUUUGGACAGCAAGUCUGGGUAUCUCGAGUACGAUCUCUCGACUGGGUGGACGUGCUGAGGUCAGAAGGCCAUUCCGCGAGGAAGAGGAAGCCCGGAGGCAAGCAAGAGCAGAGUCAGAGCAGAAAUGGAAUCUGAGACAACAUAAGAGGGAUGGGGAUGAGGAACAAGGUUCAGAUGAAUGUCCACCGUUGGAGGGUGGGGAGGACCCCAUCGUCUGCGACGCUGCCUACUAUGCUCGACGGGUCGGCCUAGACAUUGAGACUUUCCGAGUCCAGACUGAGGAUGGCUUUAUACUUACUCUUUGGCAUGUUUACAACCCCCAAGAAUAUACCGCGUUGUCAGACGAGGAGAGGGAGGCCCGAGGUCCGACUAUAUUCACAGAACCAAGGCGAAACCCCUUGGAGACCCCAAAGGCAAACCGUCGCUACCCCGUUCUCCUCAUUCACGGACUUCUUCAAAGUGCUGGCACAUUUUGUACGAAUGAUGACGACAGCUUGGCCUUCUUCUUAUGCAAGUCUGGGUAUGAUGUCUGGCUUGGAAAUAACCGCUGUGGGCUCAAUCCAGAGCAUACCACACUGUCUACCUCAGACCCUCGCAUGUGGGCCUGGGAUAUUCGACACCUCGGGACUCUAGAUCUCGCAGCGUUCUCUUCGAGGGUUUUGUACGAGACCGGGUUCGAGAAACUGGGCCUUGUAUGCCAUUCACAAGGGACCGCUGAAACAUUUGUCGCUCUGGCAAAAGAACACAGGCCAGAACUCGGUCAGCGGAUCUCAGUGUUCUGUGCGCUUGCACCAGCUGCAUACGCUGGUCCACUCGUGCAUAAUCCCUAUUUUCGCUUCAUGCAUGGCAUUUCCGCUAAAUCAUUUCGAUUGGUUUUCGGGAUCCACUCCUUCAUACCGAUCAUGAUGAGUGCACGAGAUAUUUUGCAUCCUAAAUUAUACGGUACGUUGGCUUAUUGGGUCUUCUCCUUUCUUUUUGGGUGGACAGAUGCGCGCUGGGAGCGUGAUCUACGCCACCGCAUGUUCCAAUUUUCACCGGUCUAUGUCAGCUCAGAAUCCAUGCGCUGGUGGUUAGGAAAUGAGAGCUUUGCGAAACAUCGAUGCAUCUUAUCCACACGUGAUGAACCAGAAAGCAAUCUCCAGGGGAAUUCUGACGAAGCUGGAGAUCGUGCACAGGAUCCUUUUCUUGGCGCUCAAAGGCAAGAUAAUUGGUUCGGACCCGGAAUGCCACCGUUUGCGUUCUGGAUCGGUGGAUCCGACGAACUCGUGGAUGGGCGUCGACUCCUUCGUCGCUUUCAAGAUGGGUUCGAGCCUCAUGUACAGCUUGUGCAUUCAAAAGUCAUCGAGGGGUAUGAGCAUAUUGAUGUGAUAUGGGCUAUGGAUGCUAUUGAACAAGUUGGCGUCGAGGUGCGCCAGGUUAUCUGGAAUACGAUGCCCGACGACGCAAGAGAGGUAUGUCGCGUUCCUCGCGAUGUACAUUCGAACCAGCUGGCUGGUUCAAACGUUUGA